AUUAACUUUACCUCAGUUCUCUUAUUGCACGGUCCUCUAACUCUUCAUCAUGGUUGAUGCCUUCUGUGCCACCUGGAAACUGGUCGACAGUGAAAACUUCGAUGACUACAUGAAAGCACUUGGUGUUGGUUUUGCAACAAGGCAGGUCGGAAAUGUGACCAAACCAACCGUUAUCAUCUCAAAAGAGGGGGACAAAGUGGUCGUAAAAACCCAGAGUACUUUCAAGAACACAGAAAUAUCCUUCAAACUGGGGGAGGAGUUUGACGAGGCCACUGCAGAUGACAGAAACUGUAAAACUCUCACAUUUGAAGACAUUGUGGCGGUGCGUACCUAUGAGAAGGCAUGAGCUGGGAGACAUCACUAUUUAAAUCAUUUGAGUCCAUUUUACUGGAAGACAGCCAAUGUUAUUAUGAUUUUUUUUUUUUACUGUAUGCUGACCGUUGCACUUCAUCCUUCCAAAUGUUUUAUGACAUGGGCUGGAAAUCUUUUUUUUUUAAAGACAUUUUUAUAUACAUUUCUUUCAUGAUAGAUGAUCCUUUUGUAAACAUGUGUGAAACAUGCUGAAAUAAAAAAUUAACUC